AUGGACAUCCACGGAUUUACUGCCAAUUCACUUGGAGAAUCUACACCUUAUUCAUCUGAUAUUGGAACUAAAAGAACUUGCAUACUUCUAGUCCUUGAUGAUAUUACUUGUCAUAAUAUUGUUUCUGAUAUGCUUCACAACCAAACUUAUGAAGGAAAAACAAUGGAUACUUUAAAUGCCAUUUGGGAGAGAAAGAACAUCUUCAAUCUUGUCCUCACAAACAUACACAGGCUAAACACAAAUGGGGUUGACAUUCUCCAAAUUAUCAAGAACAAACUCAAUCUUCCAACCAUCUUAAUGUCACCAGAUGAUACAAGAUAUGAAAAUCAAGUCCAAGAUUGUAGUGUUGCAGCAUAUGUUGUGAAUGUUUCAGACACAAAUGAGAUGAACAAGCUUUGGCAAAUGGCAUUAGAGAAAGAGAAAGCUAGAAAAGCAGCAGUCAAUCAAGAAGAAAAUUAUGACAAUGCUACAAGAUUGCCUCAGAAUGUAACUGAGACGAGUACAGAAAACACAUCAUAUGCUGAUAAUGAUGCAGCAAUAAGGGCUCAUGAUGUGAAGGGUAAGCGAAAAGCUUACAGCGACAGAAGUGAAGAAAAUGGAGAGAAUAGAGACAUCGAAAAGAAACGAAGGGUGGUUUGGACUCCAAAGAUGCAUCAAAAUUUCUUGCAAGCUAUCCAGCAAUUAGGGCAUGAAAGUAAUACAUUUGCUCUCCCUCUUUUCCCUGAAAAGGCAGUUCCUAAGAAAAUAGUUGAAAUUAUGAAUGAGACUGGAUUGACUAGAGAACAUGUUGCCAGUCAUUUGCAGAAAUACCGCAUGUGCCUUAAAAGAGCUCAAGAAAGUUCAGCUACUUCUAUCUAUGACCAAAUCCUAACAAAUGAUGCUAAAGAGAAAUGCUUUCAAGUUCAACCAUACCUAUCUUCUCUAAAUUUUAACGCAACACAAGGAUAUUCUUGUUCUGCACAACAGCCAUUUCAGACACACUUUCAGCAGGGAACUGGUGGCAUGAACUCGAGACAACCACAGAUGGUAUCAUUCCCCAAUAUGGUCAGUUUCCAGCAGCAGAACGAUUUCUUGGAUUUUGCCAACUCGCGACAACCAGAAUAUCAUAGUGGCCAAAUUGGACAGCAGUCAACAUUUUUGCCAAGAGUAGCUCAUAAUAGUAACUUCAGAGUAUUUAGUGACAAGAGAAAGAACAUGCUGUUCAGCAUACAAAGUGGCAAGGCAAACCAGCCCACAAACUCAAAUUCUAGAUUGGAUUUUAUUGGUUUUAGAUUGAGCAACGAUGGGAAAUCUGUCAACUUUGGUCAAAAAGGUUCAUCUUCUGCUGUAAUAUCCAAUAAUACCGCGUAUUCUGGUCUAUGUUCCUCAAUGUCAGAGGACUACAUUCACAAGCAGCAACCUUCACCACCGUUCUUGGAAAUUCCUGACGAAAAUACCUUAAUUCAAUGCUCUUCAGCUCCACCUGAAAAUUUUACAAUAUUCAAUCAUCCUUCUAACAGCAUUUCAGAACAACAGCGUCUUUUACUAUUUGAUAAUGCAGCGAACACAAUAUCAUGUCAAAGCCAAGAAAUGCACGUCAGCUUCAUACCCCAAGAACAGCUUUCAGCACAGCAAUCAUCAGGGGAUCUCGAGGACUAUUCUGCAAUACUUUUUGGUGAUGAAGUAUCUGUGCCACCACUAGAGAAUUCUGUGAAUUAUGAUUCUAGACAGCAAGAAUAUUCUGUACCAGAAUUACCACAAGAAUUCAAUAGUUUAGGUAAUGAAAUAGACAUUAAGUCUCUGCUGGAAACAACAGAGAACAGAAGUUCACAACUAUUUUGGGAGGAGGGAUUCUGA